UGCAACGCAAAGGCUGACCUUGCUUUCAUUAUCGAUGGAUCAGGAAGCAUAGAAAGAAACGGACUAGGAACGUUUGAAAAUAUCCUGAAUUUUGUCAAAGAUCUCACCAGACGUUUUGCUGUCUCUAGUGAAGGAACACAUGUUGGUGUCAUUGUUUUUGACGAUAACGCGAAGGUAGAAUCUUUCCAUCGUCAUGAGUUUCAAAAUUUUUAAAUCCCUGCAAAUUUUUUUACAUUUUUUGUAUCAAAUCUGAUUUGCACGAAGCCAUCCAUCCGAUUUUAUUGGAAGAAAAUACCAGAGAAAAAUAAUUUUACCAGUUCAUGUAUUUCUUGAACAAUCAAAGCGGUUGUAAAACACUUUACAGUAACUUUCAAAACAAACAGGCUCCGAGGCCAAAAACACGGCAACCUUAGCUUUUCACACAUUACGCGUAUAUUUUUAGAACGAACCUUAGAAAGGUCUGCGUCACUGGUCAGAAAGAGAGAUUGUAUUUUUACACGUGUGGUAUGGUAUUAUACAAUGCUAACACUGCUUAGAUUGAACUGUUGUUGGCAGGUUGUGUCAGGAUUCGACCAGCAUUACACCCAAUCAGAAGUGAUUUCAGCAAUUGAUGGAAUCCAGUAUCCAGGCGGUGGCACAAUGAUUGGGAAAACUCUCUUGAAAGCUAAGAAUGCUCUCUUUGAUACCAGCGCACGUCCUGGUGUUCCUAAUAUAGCUUGUCUUUUGGCUGGCAGCAAGUCAACAGAUAGAUUUUCUGCUCCUGCUCAGGAGCUCAGAGACUCAGGAGUCACAGUCAUUACCAUAGGAAUGGGUAAUAGAUACUGUAGUAAACAGCUAGGGAAUAUAGCUACCGACCCAAAUUCACGGCACAUGUUCAAAGCGGAGUUUGAUGCGCUGGGAUCCCUGGUGGGUUCCGUCGUAGACACUUGUUGUAAAGGUGAGUCUUUGGCUUAG